CUGGAGUACGUGGCUUAGUUCUUGCUUUAAAUUAUUUAAGAUAAAUCCCUUCCGUCCCACAAAAAUAGUCCAGUUUGAUAAAAAAAUCUUGUACCAAAAAAAUAGUUCAGUUUCAAAAAAGUCAAGAUUAAAACAAACGAAAUGACCAAACUACCCUCAAUCAGUCACCAACUAUAAUUAAAAUUCCUUCUUCUCUGCGUUUUUUUCCGGCGAAUACUCCUUUCCUUUCACACCUUUAUCUCGCCGGUUCUCUCCCAAAAUCCUCCGUUUGUCUCUUUCUCCAAAGAUAUGAUUGGAAGCUAUAAUUAAUCCUCUCUCUCUCAAAUCCAACAGGUCGUCCACCGCAAAAUUGUUUUUGUUGUUAGAGCCAACAUUAUCGAACGGCUUCUGCUCGAGUUCCGCCUCUCCGGUAUGGCCAUAAUAGCCGCCGACAAAAAAACUCCGAUGAAGCUUCCAUCUAUGCCGCAAAAUUUUAACCGAAAAACGAAACGAACGUCGACUGAUUGAAGGAACAAUACUAGCAUCAUAAACGUUUUUCUCUGUUUCACCUUUUUCUUUUUUUUUCAAGGAUUUCGUUAUCUUUUUUUUCUCCUUCUUUUUUGGUGAGGGAGAGGAAAAGCGAGAUGAUUAGUCGGUGGUUGGAAAUGGGGGGCAAUGGCCGUCGAACAGAGGAAGUUAUAAUUACUCAGUGGUCGUCGGCGGUGAGAGAAAGAGAGAGAAAGUAAUCAAUUCUAAUUUUAUAAUUCGAUUAGGAUAACAAUGGAAGUUUAGUGAAUAAAAAUGAGUUGUACCUUGAUUAGGUUGAUCAAAUUAAAAAAAAUUGUACAUUUUAAGACUGAAUUAUUUUUGUGGGACGAAAGGAGUAUAAAUUAAAGAUCAACUUGAAGGAAGGCUAAAUGGAUUACAAAAAAAAGGCCAUUUUCGUGUCGUCAUGUGUCCAUUGCCAAAAGAAGCAGUAGAAUAUGCCAACUAUAAAGUUCAACUCUAUCUAAAGCAACGUUCUUCAAUUGAUCAGUUCAAAGAAAAGGAAAGAUAUUUUUGUAGUUUCAUAGGAACCCAAAUUUGGAUUUCUAUUGUGGAACAUUCAUAUUAAUUCUUCCCCAUGGCUCAUAUGAAUUCUUCAGAGAAUUCCGUUCCUCUGCUUCCAUCAUCGUACAAGAUGGAGGCAGAGCAAAUUGAGUCCCAGCAGCAACCCAGAAAGCGGAAGAAACGUGGUGGCGCCAAAAUUACUGCGUGUAUUCUUGCCGUUGAAGCAUGUGACAAAUUAACGGCUUCUGGAUUUCAAGCCAAUAUGAUAACUUAUCUCACCAAAUAUCUCAAUUUGCCGCUCGUCAAGGCCUCGAAUAUCAUCACCAUUUUCACCGGAACUUCCAAUUUCACGCCUCUCGUCGGAGCACUAUUCGCCGAUUCCUUCGCCGGCCGAUUCCGGACCAUUCUUGUGGGGUCAAUUGUUUACGUGUUGGGAAUGAUAACCAUCACAAUCACCGCAUUUAUGCCAUCAUUUCGUCCACCUCCAUGCCCAACUCAACAAAACUGCAAAGAAGCUUCAACCCUCCAAAUGGGUAUACUCUACAUUGCCCUGCUUUUGCAAUGCAUCGGAACCGGCGGAAUCCGGCCGUGCGUCGUGAGUUUCGGAGCUGACCAAUUAGACAUGUCCAAAGCCAAAGUUGAGGCAAGGAAAUGGAACCUCUUCAACUGGUAUUACCUGUCCUUAGGAAUGGCUACGUUGCUGGCAUUGACAGUUUUGGUGUAUGUUCAAGACAAUGUGGAUUGGGGAUGGGGACUUGGGAUCCCAACAAUUGCUCUGAGUUUGUCGAUUUUAUUGUUCGUUUUGGUUUCUCCUCUGUAUAUAAAGAAAAAACCACAAGGAAGCCCGUUCACUAGAUUGGCACAAGUGAUUGUUGCUGCUUUCAGGAAGAGGGAUUUUCCAGCACCAAAUGAUCCAGCUCUGCUUUAUCAGAACAAGGAGCUUGAUGCUUCUAUUUCAGUCAAUGGAAGGCUUCAACACACGAAUCAAUUCAGGUGGCUGGAUCGAGCAGCUAUAGUAACUGAAGCUGAUAAAGACAUUUGGAACACACCUAAAGCAUGGAGAUUAUCUACAGUUCACAGAGUUGAAGAGCUGAAAUCCAUGGUAAGGAUUUUGCCUAUUUGGGGAGCAGCGAUUUUACUAUUCGCAUCCUACGCCAGUCAGCACAACUUUGCUGUUCUUCAAGGUCGAACAAUGGAUCGUCAUUUUGCAGGCUCGUUAUCCAUCCCUCCGGCGAGCUUAACAAUAUUCGGGGUUGCUGGUUUGAUCAUCGGAAUAGCCUUCUACGAGCGCCUUUUCGUCCCCUGUGUUCGCCGAUUCACACACAUUCCCACGGGAAUUACACAUCUUCAAAGAAUUGGGAUCGGCCUCGCGCUCAACAUCUUCGUGAGUAUUAUCUCGGCUGUAGUUGAGAUCAAGAGGAAACAAGUAGCUGCUGAUCAUGGUUUGAUUGAAAAGCCAAAUGCUGUCAUCCCAAUCAGCGUUUUUUGGUUAUCGCCGCAGUUUUUCCUCCACGGAAUUGGCGAAGUUUUCAUGCAAGUUGGACUAAUGGAAUUUAUUUAUGAUCAAUCCCCAGAAAGCAUGAAAAGCACAGCCAUUGCACUCUACUCUCUGGCCUUGUCACUAGGGAAUUACUUGGGCACUUCGUUGGUGGCUUUCGUGCAUGAUCAUACGGGUAAAGAAGGGAAUUGGCUGCCAGAUCGAAAUCUAAACAAGGGAAAACUGGAUUAUUACUUUUGGCUGAUGACAGGAAUCCAAGUAGUGAAUUUCAUCUACUAUGUAAUAUGUGCUUGGCAUUACACUUACAAACCCUUGGAAAUGUUGAACGAAAAUGAAAGUGAAGUUUCAUCGAGUUAAGAGUUCACUUCAGAAUUGGUUCAUCUCCAAGGGAAAAUGUACAGAUAAUACAUAUAUUUGGUAAAUACUUGUAACUUUGUCCAAUUUUCUUUCAUUUGUUCCCUUUGUUUCCCCUGAAAACUUAAUCACUUUGUAAUAUGUUAUGCAUAAUGGCUAUAGUAAUGUAAAUCUUACCCGAAUAUAUCAGGGUUGUUAACCUCCCAUAAUGGCAAUUCAUGAAGAAGUCCAUCCGCACUAAAUCUGAACACCACCUAACUUCCGCAAUCCAAGAAAUUUAUCUCCAGUCCUGGCACGAAGCUAAAGAUUGGUAUCCCUAACAAUCAUCAUUCUAAAAUGAAGAGCUUUACUUACAAAGAGACCUGCUGAUUUCCUACACAACUCAAGCACACCAAUAAGAAUCUAUGGACCAAGCAGUUGUUCCCUUCUGACACUGAACACCUAACUUAUAAGAAUACUUUCAAUUCUUACAACAUAAUUCAAAUAAAAAUUUCUUAGAUGCAUAGAACACUUUUCUUGAGUUUCUGCUAAUCUAUGACACAAUAAGAAAGAAAAAGAAAAAACUUUUGAAGCCAUGAAUAACUGUGAUCUGUUCCAAAUAAAUGGUCACCCAAACGGAGAAGGUGCCAAGAGACAAGCUACAAAGAAAGCUAAUAUUAAGGUUGAAACAAAAUGAAAAGCC